UAUGAAGCAACGGCCACGUACUGCCCUGUUCGAACCUUAUCAAACAUGGCCGCUACUGCUGCCACUGUUUCGUUAAUCGGCGCUCCAUUUCUUCCCCCGCCAUUCAGGUCCGCCGCCGCAAACCUUCAAAUUGCCCCAACGCCAUGGCUCUCCAAACUCAGGUUUCAGCUCCAGCCUCUGCGUCUUCCAACGCGGAGAACCCUCGUUCUUCGAUGCGCUCGAACCGAAUCCAAAGGGGUCUCCUUAGGCUUCCGAGCCCCAAAUUUUGAGCUUCCUGAACCUCUUACAGGCAAAGUAUGGAAGUUGGAGGAUUUUGAACCCUAUCCUGCUUUACUGGUCAUGUUUAUUUGCAAUCAUUGCCCAUUUGUUAUACACUUGAAAAAAGAUAUUGUGAAACUUUCAAAUUUCUAUAUGAAGAAAGGACUGGCUGUUGCAGCCAUAUCUUCAAACUCUGUAGCUACGCAUCCACAGGAUGGACCAGAGUUCAUGGCAGAAGAUGCAAAAGCAUUCAGUUAUCCCUUUCCAUAUUUAUAUGAUGCAUCACAGAAAGUUGCAAGGGAUUUCGGUGCAGUCUGCACACCAGAGUUUUUUCUGUUCAAAAAGGAUGGGCGAAGGCCAUAUGAGUUGGUUUAUCAUGGUCAGUUUGACGAUUCUCGACCGAGUAAUAACGUGCCUGUCACUGGGAGGGAUUUAAGUUUGGCAUUAGAUUGUGUUCUCAGUGGCCAACCAGUAUCUUCGGAGCAGAAACCGAGUGUUGGAUGUAGCAUAAAGUGGCAUCCUUAGAUGAAGCUAUAAUCACUAAUCUUAUUCUCUGCUGCCUGAAGAUCAAAUCUCCGAGCAAAGGCGUUAAAUGCAGCACACAAACUUCCCAACCGAACCAAUAAGCAUUUUGAUUUUCUGAAUCAUUCGAUCCAUCCUACUCCUGUGAUAUUUUCUUAACUUCUCUUUUUUCCUUUUAUAGCGAUAAUUCUUUUUGUAUUUAUGUCAAAUAAAGAGGAAAAAAAGGCUAUUGUUUUAUUAUUUCUCAUCCAAGUAUAAUUUAAUUUUAAUCGAGUGUAACGUGGUAUUUUUCAUAUGAAUAUGUAAGAGUAAAUUUUAGUCUAGCUGCUUUCAUUGCUUUA